CCCUCGGGGUGCAAAGCCGGCAGGGGCGCCUCGGAGGCGGCAGCAGGACCGCGGGGCUCCGCCGAGAUGGAGGCCUUCAGCUCGCGCAACCUGGCCAUGCAAGCGGAGAAGAAGAUCCUGAGCCGCAUGGCCAGCAAGUCCACCGUCACCAUGUUCAUCGACGAGACCAGCGGGGCCGUGCUGGACGAGCUCUACCGCAUCUCCAAGGAGCACACGCAGGACCGGGCGGCCUCCCAGAAGGUCAUCAAGAACCUGGUGAAAGUGGCGGUCAAGGUCUCCGUCCUUUUCCGCAACGGCCGCUUCAACGAAGCCGAGCUGGCCGUGGCCGAGGACUUCAAGCGGAAGCUGCGCCAGGGAGCCAUGACGGCCGUCAGCUUCCACCAGGUGGCCUUCACCUUCGAGCAGGGCGUGCUGGGACGGCUGCUGGAGGAGUGCCGGGACCUGCUGCUCCGGCUGGUGGAGAAGCACCUGACCCCCAAGUCUCACGGGCGCAUCCGCCACGUCUUCGACCACUUCGCCGACGCCGAACUGCUAGGCCGGCUCUACAGCCCCGGGAGCCCCUUUGAGCCCCAUCUGGAGAGGGUCUGCCAGGGGCUGAACCAGCUCAUUGACCAAGGGAAGCUGUGAUGAACCCAAAAGGGGGGGAGGGGAAGGGGAUGGAAUGGGGAGGGGAGGGGGUCUCUGGGACAGCCGAUGGAACUCACGGCCACUUGGGCAUCCGCUGGGAUUUCCUAACGGGGACAUUUUAAAGGGGGGGGGGGGAGAGCUUCAGAUUUGUGGUAGGAAGCACCCCCCCCCCCAGCUGAGCUUGCUUUUUGGGGUCUAAAGACUCAGCAGGUUGUGUUUGCAAUGGAUCAGCGAGGACUAGGAGCUUGGAAUGAAAGCGCUUGGCUUCUUCAGCUGGAUGGAAGGGUCCCUGAAUGCGAAUGGGGUCCACUCCACUCGAUGGACAAUUCCUUCUGGUCAAAGGAUGUGGGUUUUUUUUUUCUUCACAACGUGGAUUGUGGGGGGGGGAUUGUGGUCAGUUGGGAAAGAGGGGAAAGCUCGUUCCUUUUUGCUUCCUGUUACAGCAUCUGCAGUGAGCCAAAACUCAGAAUCGGAUCUGCUUUGUGCCCUCAAGGGGACCCCUCCCCCUUUCCCUCUGGCUGGAAUUGUCUGGAAUGGGGGGGGGCUUUUCUGAGCCUCUGGAAAUGAAAUGGAUUCCUAGCUUGGUUUUUUGGGGUGGGGGAAACUCAGGAAUGUCCCCCCCUCCCAUCUUCUUCCUAUCUCUUGUGUUUGGACUUUUCCCCAGUGUGGAAUUUUUGUCUCAGGGAAUGCAAAAAUCUGAAAAUACACUGAUUUUGGUUUUUCAA